AUGAAAGAUAUAGUAGAAGAUUAUUUUGGAAUUUACAGAUACACUGGCCCCCUUCAUGCUUGUGAGGAGAUUUACAUGCCCUUCAACCAUGGGGAAAACCACUGGUUGUGCUUGAAUGUAAACAUGGAAAAACGGGUUGCCUAUCUAUUCGACUCCAGCAGAUGUAUUGACACCGAUGAGGAUCGAAAAAAUCAAGCUACAUUAUUGGUACAAUCAUUGCAUAAGUUGCUUCAAUAUGCGCAUGGAGAAGAUUAUGUUCAAGAUGUUAGUUCGUUUGCAUUUCAAUGGUUGGAAGACAUGCCACGCCAAGACAACAGGGCUCGCCUGUUACUUGAUCUUGUGAUAUACAAGCAUAAUUCAGCUCCUAUUGUUGUUGAUAUCGCGCAAUAUAAAGCUGAACUCAGAGCUAGGGGUGAAUUGAAACGGAAGUAGAGGCUAUACGACUUUUGUGAUCUUGAAAGAAGGAAAGAUAGUGGAUAAGGUUGUGGGAGCGAACAAAGACGACUUUGAUUUUAAUUGAUGUAUUUAAAAUUUGAACAUGAAUUGUUUCUAUUCUUGGGUAUGCAAUGGAUUGUUUUUUUAUUUUUAAUUUGAA